AUGGCCGCUCGGCACUCGCGCAAGCUCUUGAGACCUCUCCUCUACACAUCCGCGGCCGCCGCUGCAGGAGCAGGUGUUCUCUACAUUUCUUACCGUCCGCGAAAUAUUCCGGGCCUUGAAGCUCCCGCCGUUCCCCCACCAGGUUAUCGUGAAGGCAAGCUGGUCCCACCCAGUUUCCCUUCAAUUAAGUCCCGCCUCGAACAGAUUCAGGACCUCAAGCGCAGUGAGGACGAGGAAGAAUAUGAUCUGCUUAUCAUUGGCGCUGGAGCUACUGGAGCUGGUAUCGCACUAGAUGCCGCCACCCGAGGCCUAAAGGUCGCGGUGGUGGAGAGAGAUGACUUCAGUGCGGGUACCAGUAGUAAGAGUACGAAGCUGGUACACGGUGGUGUCCGUUACCUCGAAAAAGCCUUUUGGGAAUUGGAUUACAACCAAUACGCGCUGGUCAAGGAGGCUCUCAGAGAGCGCAAAUAUUUCUUAAACACAGCUCCUCAUUUGUCGUCAUGGCUGCCAAUCAUGGUACCUGUUCAGAAAUGGUGGCAGGCUCCCUAUUUCUGGGCCGGCACCAAGGCCUAUGACUUCUUGGCUGGUUCCGAGGGCAUUGAGACCUCGUACUUCCUGACCAAGAGUAAGGCCAUUGAUGCAUUCCCCAUGUUGAAGCGUGACAACAUUAUUGGAGCAAUGGUCUACUAUGAUGGUGCACACAACGACUCCCGCAUGAACGUCUCCCUCGCCAUGACUGCUGCACUCUACGGUACCACCGUUGUGAACCACUUGGAGGUCACCGGACUGAACAAGGAUGCGUCGGGCAAGCUGUGCGGUGCGCGCGCCAAGGACAUCAUUGCAGAGAAAGAUGGCCAGGCCGCCAAGGAGUUCAACAUUCGUGCCAAGGGUAUCAUCAACGCCACUGGUCCCUUCUGUGAUUCCAUCCGCAAGAUGGAUGAGCCCAGUGUCAAGGAGAUUGUGGCCCCCAGUGCUGGUGUCCACAUCAUCCUGCCUGGCUAUUUCAGCCCCUCAAACAUGGGUCUAAUCGAUCCUUCCACAUCGGAUGGACGUGUGAUCUUCUUCUUGCCAUGGCAGGGUAACACCAUCGCUGGUACCACUGACCAGCCUUGUGAGAUUGAGGCCCAGCCCCAGCCCACUGAGAAGGAUAUCAACUGGAUCCUCUCAGAAAUUCGUGGCUACAUCGCCCCCGAUAUCACCGUGGAUCGAAGCGAUGUCCUUGCUGCCUGGUCUGGUAUUCGCCCCCUGGUGCGCGAUCCCAAGGUGAAGAACUCGGAGGCUCUUGUCCGAAAUCACCUGGUGACCGUCUCUCCGUCGGGACUGUUGACUUGCGCCGGCGGUAAGUGGACUACUUACCGCCAGAUGGCCGAGGAGGCCGUAGACGAGGCGAUUGACGUGUUUAAGCUCAAGCCUCGCCAUCUUACUAGCCUUCCCGACAUCAGUGGUGUCGGCGGCAGUGGCCUGGUUGCUGACGGUGCCGUUCUCGACGGUAGCUGCCAGACCCACCAGGUGCGCCUCAUCGGCGCCCACGGUUUCUCCAAGACUCUCUUCAUCAACCUUAUCCAGCACUUUGGUCUUGAGACCGAUGUGGCCAAGCACCUCACUGAGUCCUACGGUGACCGCUCAUGGCAGGUCGCUGCCUUGUCUUCCCCUACCAGUGAACGUUUCCCUGUGCGCGGCUGUCGCAUCUCCCCCAUGUACCCCUUCGUUGAUGGCGAGAUCCGCUACGCCGUCCGUCACGAGUAUGCUCAGACUGCCGUCGACGUGAUCGCCCGUCGCACUCGUCUGGCUUUCCUGAACGCCGAGGCCGCCCUCGAGGCCCUUCCCACCGUGAUUGACACCAUGGGCGAGGAAUUGGAGUGGACUACCGCCCGCAAAGAUCUCGAGUGGAAGGAAUCCUUGACUUACCUCUCAUCAAUGGGUCUGCCCAAGAACUUCAUGGGCCUCUCCCGCAGUGAUGUCCAGAGCGGUCGUGUUAAGCAGGUUGAUGAUGCCGAGCGUGCGACUUUCUCUCGUAACGAGACCGUUCGGAAAGUGCUACCCACUGAGUUUGCUAGUAGUUUCAAGUUUUUCGGAUUUCUCGGUUUUCCCCUGUUGUCAUUUUGUCAGUCACACAUAAUGAAGCCAAAUCAAUCUGAUGUUGACCUUUCACUGGGCUCUGAAAAGCACGUGGAUUCAGAGAAAGAUUCUGUACCAAAGCCUGAGAUAGAGGAACAGGAUCCAUUUGGAGAUGAAAGCCAAACUGGCGUGAAGUACAAGACCAUGGCGUGGUGGCAGAGUGAAACUCAUCCUUUCAACAGGCAAGCUGGGAUGAUCAUGAUUGCGGAGACCAUCUCCCUUGGUAUUCUCGCCCUGCCCAAAGCGCUUGCGAUAUUAGGUCUUGUUCCCGGCAUCCUAGCCAUUCUUGGGGUUGGAAUUAUCUCGACCUAUACUGCGUAUACCAUUGGGCAAUUCAAAUGCCGCCAUGUGCAAGUACACAGCAUGGCUGAUGCUGGUGAUCUGGUGAUGGGAAGGCUCGGACGGAGUACACUAGACGUGGGCCAGAUCAUCUUUUUUGUGUUGGUGAUGGGGAGCCAUGUCCUCACUUUUUCGAUCAUGAUGAAUGUCCUCACCGGACAUUCGUCUUGCACCAUUAUCUUCUCGGUUAUCGGUCUAAUCGCCUCCUUCACGUUGACCCUUCCACGGCGACUCGAAAGGCUUUCUCACAUCUCGUCCGUGAGCUUUGUCAGUAUUGUCGGAGCGGUCCUGACUGGUAUGAUUGGGGUCACCCUUGUCAGGGACGGACCGGUGCAUGUCCCGGCCUUUUCAACUCCGCCAAAAGUGCAUGAUGCGUGCCUUGCUAUUGCAAACAUCAUCUUUGCGUACGCAGGACAUGUUGCAUUCUUCACCCUUUUCUCUGAGCUCAAGGAGCUCAAGGACUUCCCAAAGGCUCUGGCGCUUCUGCAGAUGAGUGAAAUGAUCUUGUAUACGGUGGCUGCUAUUGUGAUAUAUGCCUAUAUUGGACCGACGGUUAACUCACCUGCUCUCAAUUCUGCAGGGCAAUUGUUCCGCAAGGUUUCUUAUGGAAUUGCUAUACCUACGAUUGUGAUCGGGGGUGUGGUGAACGCCCAUGUUGCUGUCAAGUUCAUUUAUGUUCGUGUGUUUCGAGGUACCACCUCAAUGCAUAGCCAGUCAUUCAUGGCGCGGUUAGUGUGGGCUAUGAUAUGUGCAGCACUUUGGAUCUUGUCGUGGGUUAUCGCCGAGGGAAUACCGAUCUUCAACGAUGUGCUAGGGCUUGCGUUGGUUCUCGUUUGGGUUACCUGGGCUGUUUUGGCUCUACUUGAACCGGAGCUGUUGGUUCCUGACCCGGCAGCAGAAGGUACUGUUCUGCUUCAAUGUCUUUCUGAUAUUACUUGGAUUCCUUAUCGUUGCCAGUGCAUUGUCGGGUUGUAUUCGUCUAUUCGGUCGAUUUUUCACAACCUUCGCGAGGGUGUUGGGGGAGGCAGCUUCUCAUGUGCUGAUAACUCCCUAUACUGA